CCGUAGUAGUCAGUCAUGGGCCGCGAGGUGGUAGUGGUCGCUCUCUCUUGGAUACUGCUUCUUGCAUCUCCGACGUCUCCGGGGACUCCUGCAGCUGUGGAUCGACGUCGCCAUGGGGACUCCACCGUGGAGGACAUCAACAAUACCAUCGAUGUAAUCGGUACUCCCCGAGAAGCCGUAGCGACCAAUGGCAGUCCAAGAGCGGCUACUUCGUGGCUGAUAAAAGACAGCGGCGAUGAUAACUCGACAUUCCGGGUGUUCUUGGGCUACAGCAGCAACCCGUGGGGUCCUUCCUUCGAGCGGGUACCAGAGGUCGACAAACCGAGAUCUAACCGGAAGCCAAAACGCAGUGUGGUUAACCUGUACAACAUGGUGGUGUGUGCGACAGGCUGCAACCCUCUAGACUACAAAGGCUACGGAUGCUACUGCGGCUUCCUCGGAUCAGGAUAUGCCGUGGACCCUAUUGACAGGUGCUGCAAGAUGCAUGACUGGUGCUACACCAAAGCUGACUGUCCCAUGUUUUCCGAGUACUUCGUGCCUUAUCACUGGACCUGCUACAUGCACAGGCCCCUGUGUGCUUUAGGUGUAUCCUGUGGGCAGAGACUGUGCGAGUGUGACAGACGCCUAGCUGAAUGUCUCAGCCACUACCCUUGUCCUCGCAGCAAGGCUGUCUGCACCUCGUCGCCGUGGAGGCUGCUGCAGAAUCUGCUCAUGUUAUAAUAUCUCUGUAAAGUUUAGAAGAGAGAAAUCUGUGAUAUUACGAAUUUUUAGAAGAAAUAUGAAACCAGUGUAGCAAACGUAUGGAGAGAGAACACAAAGACUGACUCCGCUGCUCAUUAUCCUAUAGUUACCAAUGCCAACUUAGCUUGCAAAUAAAUUAUUAUCCAAUU